UGGUGGAAUAUUGACUCAGAAAUAUACCACUCUUUCUAGAACUUGUGAAUUCAAUAUAGACUUUAUUACAAACUUAACAGAGCCGAACCCUUUCAUGAAAAAUACAAAAUUCUCAUAUUACAGAGUCCUGCCUUUAUAGGAUUCUGUCUUUGCAUAACGUAUAGAGCCCCCUCCCUCUGUAUGAAAAUAGCUUUCCUUGACCUUUCUCCACCAUCAUCUUUCCAUCUCAGUUCUUGCUUGUUAACGCCCACAUCUGACUGCUGUAUAGGUUAUAAUGGUAGCGGGGUCCUGGUCCUAUACGUUCCAUUCCUUAUAUAGCCAUUCUGUCUCAGCUCUUCAAAGUGGACAGCCUAGAUGCUGCUAAUAAUGGAAAUGGAACCAUAGUCCCACAGUCACAGGAAUAAACUCUACCUCCCUAAUCUACAAUUCAACAGACUAGGAAUAAACAUCUCAUCUGGUUCACUUGGUCUGAACUCUGCAAACGACCGACCGUAAACGAGUGUCUACAAUGAAUCAGGAAACACUCUCCCUCCAACCCUCCUCCCCCCUACCCCUCCCGGAGUCCCCGGGUCGUACCUCUCCUGGUAACACCUUACUGCUGGGUCUGAAGAGGUUGUCUGUGCGGUUGGUCGACUGCAGGAAAACACCGGCGCUAAGGGACAGUCCUAUCUGUCACUCUCUCGGUAGAAGGGGCUUGUCAUCUGGGCAGGCAAAACAUCAUGAUGCUGUCGAGGCAGAGAAAAGUGUCUCAAGAUCAGAAACACCUCAAGAAACAACAGCUGAGACCCAUGAGGAAGAAACCUCACUGCUGCUCUGACUGUGGGAAGAGUUACACCUCUAAAGUAAACCUUAGAGGACACCAGAGAAUUCAUACUGGAGAGAAACCUCACUGCUGCGCCCAGUGUGGAGCUAGCCUCUCCUCUGCGAGUGCACUGGAAGGACACAUGCGGAUUCACACUGGAGAAAAACCAUACCAGUGCUCAGAAUGUGGGCAGAGAUUUAAAGACUCCAGUGGUUUACGGAUACACGAGAGAAUAAAACACACCGGUGAAAAACCACACUGUUGCUCUGACUGCGGGAAGAGAUUUGCUACAUCACAAAGCUUAAAAGCUCACUGGCGGAUUCACACUGGAGAGAGACCAUUCCACUGCUCCGAGUGUGGGAAGAGUUUCACAGAAGCCUCAGCACUGUCUGAACACAAACGAAUACACACAGGAGAGAAGCCUCAUCACUGUGAGCUGUGCGGGGGAAGCUAUUCCUCUUCUAAAUUACUCAGACUACACCAGAGGAUUCACACAGGGGAGAAACCUUACCAAUGCACUGACUGUGGGAAAAACUUCAGAUUUGUAUCUUCUUUAAGAUGUCACCAGCUAAGACAUACUGGAGAGAAGCCCCACCAAUGUACUGAGUGUGGGAAGAGGUUUGCUGUUAAGACUGGACUCUUGCGACAUAAGAAAGUGCACACUGGAGAGAAAGGCUACCAAUGUCCACAGUGUGGCAAGAAGCUAGGAUCAUCUAAUUCUCUAGAGCAGCAUAAGCGAACACACACUGGACAGAAACCCUUCCACUGUUUCCACUGUAAGUUGAGCUUUGCCACUAAUUCAGCCCUGUGCACACACCAGAGAAUUCAUACAGGUGAGAAACCACACAGCUGCAAUGUUUGCCAGAGGAGUUUUGGACGGUCGGAUCACCUGAAAAAUCAUAUGCAAAUUCACACGGGAGAAAAGCCAUACCACUGCUCUAAGUGCGAGCUGAGUUUCACUAACAACAGAUCUCUGAAAGAACAUGAGGUCAGACAUACAGAAGAUAAACCUCACUGCUGCUCCCAGUGCGGUGCUAGUCUCUCCUCUGCCAGGGCACUGGAAGGACACAUGCGGAUUCACACUGGAGAGAAACCGUAUGAGUGCUCUGAAUGUGGGCAGAAGUUUGCACACAGAGCCAAUCUUAGGACACACCGAAGAAUACACACAGGAGAGAAACCCUAUCACUGCUCUGACUGCAAGAAGAGCUUUUCCAGACUUGACUCUUUAAAUAAUCACAAGUUCACACAUUUAGAGAAGAAGAUGUACCAUUGCUCUCAGUGUGAGUCGAGCUGCACAACGCUAGGUGCAUUGAAGAAACACAAGCUUAUUCACACUGGAGAGAAGCCUUACCACUGCUCCCACUGUGACAAGAGCUUCCUUUGGCAACAGUCUCUCAAAGGACACGAGCGUCUUCACAAGGGAGAGAAACCAUAAUCUUGCUCAGACUGCGGGAACAACUUUGCCACAAUGGCAACCUUGCGAAUUCACCAGCGAAGACACACAGGAGAGAGGCCAUACCAAUGCCCUUUCCCUGACUGUGGGAAGAGUUUUUCCCAGGCCAGCGCCUUGAAAGUUCACAAGAGAAGGCACACAGGAGAGAAGCCACACCACUGUGAUCAGUGUGGGAUGAGUUUUGUCACGUCGGGUGACUUUCAAUCUCACCAGCAAACUCACUCCAAAUAGAAGCCUUACUGCUGCACAGCCUGUGGACUUAGUUUUUGAUCUGAUUCCUUAAAGAUUCACCAGAGAGUCCACACAGGAGGGAGGCCGUACAGCUGCUAAGAGUGUGACAGGAGUUACACCUUGAAGUGUCACCUUACUAGACACCAGCUGACACACAGAGAAACCUCACCACUGCUCUGACUGUAGGAAGAGUUUUGUUCUCUCAGGCAACCCAUUUUUUUUAACCGAGAGAAACCUCACCACUGCUCUGACUGUGGGGAAAUGCUUUACCACUGUUUUUCUAAUAUGUAAAAAAAAAAAAAAAAAAAAAUCUAAUUUUUUAAAAUAAAAUGAUAAAAAGUAUAUUAGAAAAAUUACAUAUUUACCAGAUUUAGUUUGUUAUUAAUAGUUUGAUUAUAUACUUAACUAAUAGUAAGAAAUGUAUGUUAUUUUUAAAUAUCUGUGUGAACUGAGAGGAGCCUAAAAUCCAAUAGAUAAGAUGUGGUUAUGUAAUGUAACCCAGAUGAGGAGAACCUAGGGGAGUAGAACAACCCCCGCCCCCCAGUGCAGAUGACCACAGGAUAAACCCAAAGUGGCUUUUAUGGUGACCCAAUCUCCAGGGGAGGGGUGGAAAAAGCAUUGCCUGUAAAGUUUUGGCUGCUCUGCCCAACAGUCAAGAGUGUUGGGCUUGAUUAGUCUUUCAUUAUUGCAAUAAUUAAUCAAUAUUAAAUAAAGAUGAUUGUUUGAAACACCUGU